UUUCAAUUGGCGGGUUUUUCGUACUGAAGGUCGUACUGACGCUGUAAUCAUGGAAAGACCUUUGUUAUCCCCAUUUAGUCCUAAUAUGCCAUAUUCUGCUAAAGAAAGAUGGGUUUGCAUUUAUCCUGCAUAUUUAAACAAUCGUCGUACAAGGGCUCAAGGAAGAAAAUUGUCUGUGGAGUGCUGUGUUGAUAAUCCAAAGCAUUCUGAAGUAACAAUGAUUUUGGGGAAACUCUCUCUCGACUAUCUCUUGGAAACUAAGGUUCAUCCUAGAGAAAGGGAUGCUUUUGAACCUAUGAACAAAUGGCGUGUCCGCGUCCAUUUAAAAAAUGAUGACGGGAGUCCUGUUAAUGAACAGUAAUUAGAAUCCUUUUACCAGACCCCCAGAUUUCCUAAUCGUCAGUCUCUUCUCACUUAUUUAGGGAAAGCUUUACCCGUGGUGCGGUCAAGAAGACCAGCUACGUCCAGUACAGGUACUACGGAACAAAAUUUUCAAGGAAAGAAAAACAAGCGGAAAAGGAAAUAAUUAUACUGAAUUCAAAGCUGUACAUAACCUGCCACCGUUUUCUUACAACAUACGUAUAUUAUUCUGAGUGAUCCUCUCCUUACUCAUGGUUAUUUUUCAUUUGAUACUUUACUUUAUAAAUACAAAACAUUGGUUGGUCGCUG